AUGGAGCGUAGGCUUGCGUUCAGUUCCGCAAUUAAAGAAGCAGAAAGAGUGGUCGGGUAUCCUGUGUCUUUUUUAAAUUUGAGAGUAAUUUUAAAUGACGAAAUUGCUAAUAUUUUACUGUACACCAAAAAAUUAAUAGCAAUGAAACAUCCGCUUUUGCAAACAGUUUCAAAUCUCGUUUUUCAAAAUGAACAGAAAACGUUUGGACUUAUAGUUCUUCUUAUGUCAAAAGUAGCUGGAUCAAGUGGGAAUUUUCUUGAGAGUGAUUAUGAUCGUGCUGCGGAUAUUCUCCACAGUCAAAGAGUUAUUGCUGAAGUAAUAGAAAUGAUUAAAACUGGUCAUUUAAUGCACACAAGUCUCUCAAAGAUUGACGCCUCUACCAAAAAUGUACUCGAGAUGAAUUUUGGAAACAAAGUAGCCCUUUUGUAUGGAGACUAUUUACUGGCCAUCAGUAACAGCGAACUUGCUCGUUUAAAAAACCACCAAGUUCAAGGAAUAAUUUUAUCAGCUUUAAGAGAUUUGGCUGAAUUCGAAUUUUUUGGAUUAAGAGAUCCUCAAAAUAAUCCGAUACCGUUUAAACCACUUCCUGAACAAAAAGAUGUUAAAAUUCCAGACGAAUUUGGAGUAGAACCUCUAAAAUUUGAAGAUAUUUUAGGCAACAUGAAAGCAGAAUGCACUUUGAGAAAUAUUUUGAGCAGUGGCAGUUUAUUGCCAAAGUGUUGUCAAGGUAGUUUAAUUUUGGCUAAUCAUGAAUUUUUCGUACCUAAACUGGGCUAUAUUUUUGGUAGAAAUUUAGCGUUAGCGUGGCAGGCUUCGUUAGAAAAAGUUCAAAUUAAAGAGGAAUCGUUUAGCUUAGUAUCGGCACCAGUAAUGUUACAUUUACAACAUGAUCCUAGUUUGUACACAGAAAUUGAAAAAGGAUUAUCUGAUCAGAAAAAAGUCAAUUAUGAUUUAAUACGAAAGGUUGUUAUGAGUGGGCCAGGUUUAGAUAAAACUGACCAGUUGAAGAAAGAAUUCGCAGACGUAGCUUUGAAUGUUUUAGAUAAUUUUUCAAAUAGUGGAUCUAAGACAGUGGUUGUCAAUAUAAUUAAAGCUUUGUGA